CGUAACCAAGCCAUUCGAUAAAUCAUUUUUCACGAUCUACCAUGUUCAUUCGUGUAACGCAGUUCAACAUGUUUGUAAUCAAGCAAUCACGAGUCUUAAAGACCCAGGGAUAUGCUGCUCAACAAAUCAAGGGGACGAGUGUGGCUCGCUUGAGCGUUGUGUCGAUCGGAGAGAUUGGGGAGGACCGGUCAUUAUGAAGCCCUACAUCAGCUCAAGGCGGGAAAGUUCUCGAUCCCGCCUUGCAAGCCGCGAAAGUAAAGCGGCGCCACUUCCCCGCUCCUCCCUCUUCCCCAUCCUCGCACCGUAGUCGUUCUUGCUUUCUUGGUUCUUUUCCAUCCUCCUCUAGGGUUAGGGUUCCUCUUGCGCGGGGGAAGGGACGGGGGUUCGCUGAAUGUUAGAGCGCGAUGGGCGUCAAUAAGGUCACGGACGAAGGCAUCGCGGUCGUCCGUUCGGUGGUGGGGCAGGAUUUCUCGGACAUGGACAUCAUCCGUGCUCUCCACUUGGCCAACAACGACGUAUCGGCCGCCAUCAACAUAAUCUUCGACACCCCACGCAUCCGCGUCACCCCCGGCGAUGGAAGCGCCGGCGCCCGGAGAAGAAACCUCGAUCCCCUCACUGUGGCUGAUUCUCCUGCCGAUCAUGCGCCCGUCACUGCCGGUUCUCCCACUUCCGCGGAGAGUGAUCUACCUGCGGAGCGGAACACUGACGGGGGGGUUGCUGCGGAAUCGUCCGGUUCCAAAGAAAGUGAUUGGUGGCUCGUAGGAAGCACCGAGCUUUCUGGGCUUUCCACCUGCAAGGGGAGGCGGAUUAAGCCCGGGGACAAGGUGAACUUCUCCUUCCCGUUGGCAAAUAAGACGACUUCCCCUUCCACGGCCACCAGGUUUCCCGGUAGAGGGCGGUCGGUGGCUUCUUGUUCUGAGAUAGUUCGCUUCUCUACUGAGGAUCACGUAGAGAUUGGUCGCAUCCCCAAUGAAUGGGCUCGCUGCCUUUUGCCUCUGGUGAGGACAAAGAAGAUUAAAAUUGAAGGUUUUUGUAAAUCUGUGCCUGAAGUCCUUGGCAUUAUGGAUACUAUUCAUUUAUCUGUUAGUGUGUAUAUCAAUAGCUCUAUGAUCCAGAAACAUCAACAAACCACAGUGAGGUCCAUAAAUAUUUCCACUGAGGAAUCAUCAGUUCAUCCACUUCCAUCCCUGUUCAGAUUACUUGGUCUUACUCCUUUUAGAAAGGCUGAGUUCACUCCGGAGGAUCUCUACACUAGGAAGCGGGCCAUAGAAUUCAAGGACAGGUCUGGAGUGUCUGCAGAAGUUUUACCUUCAGAAAAGUUGAGAAAAUUAUGUGUCAAUGGGAGUAAAGUCGAAGAUAAUGAGGAGACUAUCUCAGAUACUGAUAUGGAUAGUAUUAUAGGCAUUGCAGAUAGUUCUCAGCUAGAGGAAAUGAUACCCCCUGACAGUCUGCAGUGCGAGUUACGUCCUUACCAAAAGCAAGCUCUUUAUUGGAUGGUACAGCUUGAAAAAGGAAGACGUUUUAAGGAGGCAGCAACCACACUACAUCCAUGUUGGAGUGCAUAUCAUAUUGCGGAUAGGAGGGGAUUUGUUGUUUAUCUGAACGCAUUUUCUGGCGAUGUAACACUUGAAUUUCCAAGCACCUUGCAUAUGUCUAGAGGCGGGAUUUUGGCAGAUGCAAUGGGACUAGGGAAGACCAUUAUGACGAUAGCCCUUCUCCUUGCCCAUUCUGGUAAGGGAGGCUCGUCUUCUUCCACUUCAAGCCAGGAUUCUCUUGAUACAAAUGAAGUCAAUGACAUGUCUGAUCAAUCUCCAAUUACUUCGAAUAAGUUAACAAGCAUCACUGGAUUCAGAAAGUUGUUUAAAUCCAAGGCUUCACUUGUAGGAGGUGGUAAUCUAAUUGUGUGUCCAAUGACAUUACUAAGCCAGUGGAAGGUUGAACUUGAAACCCAUACUCAUCCAGGAUCUCUUACUGUCUAUGUUCACUAUGGGCAAAGCCGAACUAAAGAUGCAAAGUUUUUGGCGCAAAAUGAUGUUGUUCUAACUACCUAUGGUGUUUUGGCAUCAGAAUAUUCAGCUGAAAGUACUGAAGAAAAUGGUGUACUUUACUCAGUUAGGUGGUUCAGGGUUGUGCUUGAUGAAGCUCAUACUGUAAAAUCAUCUAAGAGCCAGGUCUCCAUGGCUGCUGCAUUUCUUAACGCUGACAGGAGGUGGUGUCUCACUGGCACACCUAUUCAGAACAACUUAGAGGAUGUAUACAGUCUUCUGCGAUUUCUGAGAGUGGAGCCAUGGGGAAACUGGGGGCUGUGGUAUAAACUUAUACAAAAGCCUUAUGAGGAAGGUGAUGAACGUGGAUUAAAACUGGUGCAGUCCAUUUUAAGGCCAAUAAUGUUAAGAAGGACAAAAUCGAGCACAGAUGCAGAAGGCAGGCCAAUUCUCGUGCUUCCUCCUGCACAAGUUGAAGUCCUUUACUGUGAGCUGUCAGCAGCUGAGAAGGACUUCUAUGAGGCUCUUUUUAAGAGAUCUAAGGUAAAGUUUGAUAUGUUUGUGGAGCAAGGGCGGGUUCUUCACAAUUAUGCUUCAAUUUUGGAGUUGCUUUUACGCCUUCGGCAGUGUUGCGACCAUCCCUUCCUUGUCAUGAGUCGAGGUGAUACACAAGAGUUCUCAGACCUCAACAAACUUGCAAAACAUUUUCUGAAAGGUGGUAAAGAUGCUGGUAAUGGAGAUACCUGUGCUGUCCCUUCUAAGGCAUACAUUAAAGAGGUUGUGGAAGAGCUGCGUAAAGGAGAGGAAGGAGAGUGUCCAAUUUGUUUAGAAGCUUAUGAAGAUGCAGUAUUGACACCGUGUGCACACCGUUUAUGCCGAGAGUGCCUCUUCGCUAGCUGGCGAAGUGCCUUGAGUGGUCUUUGUCCUGUUUGUAGGAAAAUUAUAAAUAAGCAGGAUCUUAUUACUGCUCCGACUGACCGUCGUUUUCGAAUUGAUGUUGAGAAGAACUGGGUUGAAUCUUCAAAGGUUUCUGUUCUCCUUCAGGAAUUAGACAAACUUCGCUCUUUAGGUGCCAAAAGUAUCAUAUUUAGCCAAUGGACUGGUUUUCUGGAUCUUCUGGAAAUACCGCUUUCUCGGUAAUUUUCUUUACAAUGAAAACUUUUUUCUGUUAUUAUUAUUUUGGGAGGGUUGGUAAAAUAUACUGAGAAUUCAAUGCAUCUAGCUACCUGGUAGCUUCUGUAGAGAAUCAUGUCUUUCUCAAAAGACGAUUGCAAGCUGAAAAAUAUUGCUUGUCAAAGAAGUCUCACUUUCUGAUCUGUGGGUUAAUAUUUCUGCUUGAACUCUUUCCUUUAUAUAAUUUUUCUCCAAUAUCGUGCCAUUUGUAUGUUUAUUGCUUGAUACUGACAUCAUCAGUAUGCCAUGACAUAUCUUGCUGUGGUAGAUUAUGCUUACCCGCAUCAUGGUGAGCGGCAGAUGACACUAUAUACUUAUGUCAUGUUCUAUGCCCUGUAGCUAUGAUUUAGAUACCAAAAUGGAUUGACCAUGCUGGCCAAUAUGUCAGAACCAUAUUGAUACAUGGUAGUGGUAUGCCAAAGAUACCAUUAUUUUCCUGAAUGAAUACUUUUUUCAUUAUUAUUAUUCCAGGGGCAUACUAUGGUAUAUUGUACCUUACCGUGGUACUGCACCUGUUAGAAAUGGAUUGUUUUGAAUGGGCAGGUACUUAAUAAAUGGGCUACAGAGGUACAGUAAGAUACCUUAAUUCCUG